AUGCAGCUAGGAAAUUCCACUGCUAUAUAUUUGGAAAAGAAACUAUCGUCUACAAUGACCUGUGUGCCACUAGAAAUUAUUUUUUUAAAACCGCUAGCAUCCUCACCCACGAGAUUGCAAAAGAUGCUGCUCAGGCUUCAGUGCCCGAAAGUAGCGUACUUUGUUCUUUGUGAGAUACUAUGUAUUUUCAGGACGGAGUCUGAGUGGAGAUCUUUGUGGCACACAGACUGUCAUCGAAUUUGUCACUAUGAACUGGAUCAACAUGUUGAUUUGGCUUGUAGGAUGGAUAUAUACAGAAUCCGGAAGCGAUCAGCAGGUCGGCAUAAUCCUAUGAAGAGCAACAAUACAUUGUAAAAGCCAUUUCCUAAUGUCCAUGAGGAUAGUGGAAUUUUUAUUCAAAAAUCUACCUCUCUGAAGUUUUUAUCCCCGAAAUAUGGUGUGGGUGUCAGAGGAAAGAGGAACGUUCUCAACGAAUGUUGUUACUCUAAAGGAUGUAGCUGGGAGGAAUUUGCAGAAUUCUGUCAGUAUUCUAUUCGACUUCCUGCCAACAGCGUCAAUUCCUGCAUAUGAAAUUCUGAAAAGUAUUAUCCAAGAGACAGAUUGAUUGUUGCAAUUUACAACCGAUUUCCGAUAUAAGAUAUACACUACUUACUAUUCACUGCCACUAAAAGAUGAGUUUUAU